AGUUUUACUCAUUCGUUCCGAUCCGUUCCGUUCGUUACGUAAAGUGAUUUUUGUCGCACACAAAUAGAAAAAAUUUUUCCAGUAAUAAAAUCUAAAUUCUAUUGAAAGUUCAUUAUGGAACACAACCGAAAUACUGCUCGCACCAUUGCUCGCGCUAAAAAGGUUAAAAAUCAGAAUGGUCAACUGAUUUUACAAGCAAUAUUGAACUUGGACAGGAUGUGCACGUACGCAGAUAUUGUGGAGCAGCUGCUCAUUCGCGUGAAUCGUUCGAGUUUUAAGCCUUACAUUUUGCAUGCAAUUGCCGUUAUACUGAAAGAAGCAGUGCGCUUUGGCUUUAUACAGAAGUUGGGUGGCCGGUACUGUGUCAUGUUCAACCCAGUCUCGGAGACCCCGAAAAUCCGAGGGAAACGUACCCAAAAGCGUGCAGAGGAGUCUGCUAAUAUCGUAGGACCCAUUCAUGUAUCAGUAAAAACUAAGUAAACUAUCAAAAUUCUCAAUGAUAAAGCAGUUUUAUAUUCAAACUUUCGCGCUCUGGUCUAGCGCGUUUAAACGUAAUUUUAGACGGCAUAUUUACGGUAUAUUAUGAAAAUGAGACCGUAUAUUUCGGUAUUUAUUUGAAUCGGUAAUACUCGGUUGACGGACAGGGCCAGACUCAUGUGCCGAGAAAACUUCAGCAUGUCGCGCAACAUGGGUGCAACAUUCUGCAUACCCAAGGGAAAAGGAUAUUAUAGAAACUAAAAUUUUGGUCAUCUCAGGCUCCAAUAAUAUGUUAUUUUUGUAUAUUACUUUUUAAAAACAGUUGCGAAAACAGUAUCCUCAUGGUAAAUUAAAGAACAUUCACCAAUUGAUAAGCAACAAGUCUUCAAAGAC